AUGAAACACCUCCUCAUCAACGUGAGGAAGACCAAGGAGAUGAAACACCUCCUCAUCAACGUGAGGAAGACCAAGGAGAUGAAACACCUCCUCAUCAACGUGAGGAAGACCAAGGAGAUGAACCACCUCCUCAUCAACGCGUGCAAGACUAAGGAGAUGAACCACCUCCUCAUCAACGUGAGGAAGACCAAGGAGAUGAACCACCUCCUCAUCAACGUGAGGAAGACCAAGGAGAUGAACCACCUCCUCAUCAACGUGAGGAAGACCAAGGAGAUGAACCACCUCCUCAUCAACGUGAGGAAGACCAAGGAGAUGAACCACCUCCUCAUCAACGCGGGGAAGACCAAGGAGAUGAACCACCUCCUCAUCAACGCGGGGAAGACCAAGGAGAUGAACCACCUCCUCAUCAACGUGGGGAAGACCAAGGAGAUGAACCACCUCCUCAACGUGAGGAAGACCAAGGAGAUGAACCACCUCCUCAACGUGAGGAAGACCAAGGAGAUGAACCACCUCCUCAUCAACGCGGGGAAGACCAAGGAGAUGAACCACCUCCUCAUCAACGUGGGGAAGACCAAGGAGAUGAACCACCUCCUCAACGUGAGGAAGACCAAGGAGAUGAACCACCUCCUCAACGUGAGGAAGACCAAGGAGAUGAACCACCUCCUCAUCAACGUGGGGAAGACCAAGGUGAUGAACCACCUCCUCAUCAACGCGGGAAAGACCAAGGUGAUGAACCACCUCCUCAUCAACGCGGGGAAGACCAAGGUGAUGAACCACCUCCUCAUCAACGCGGGGAAGACCAAGGAGAUGAACCACCUCCUCAUCAACGUGGGGAAGACCAAGGAGAUGAACCACCUCCUCAACGUGAGGAAGACCAAGGAGAUGAACCACCUCCUCAACGUGAGGAAGACCAAGGAGAUGAACCACCUCCUCAUCAACGUGGGGAAGACCAAGAGCCCAGUGUGA